AUGAACUGGAAUAAGUGGGACGACGUCGUGGUGGUACCAACGACGUCGCAGAGUGCUUCUUCAAGCAGCAGUCCAUAAACCAGCCUCUAAGUCAAACCCAUGAACCAGAAUAUGGACUGAGUCGAACCAGUCGACUUGUUCUUCAUUCUUCAGACUUAUAGACUCGGCGCCGCCGCUGCCCUCCGACAGAGGGGAACCCAAACCCCCUGACCCUACCUUGCGUAUACGCAGACCGCCUGAGAUCUCGUCGUCCCCGGACGGCAAGAAAGAACGCGAAACACAGCACCCAAAGAAGAGGGUUCGACCAUUGAACUUGAUGGAAGAAGCAAGAGACAUGGAUACUGUAAUAGUAGAAGACAUUACAGAGGAAGAGUAAGAAGGCCAGUCCCCAGAAUCCCAUCACGCUAGCCCGAACAGUACCGUUCCUUCGGAGGCGCCGCUCCCAAAAGCGCAAUCCCAGAAACCGGUGGCGUGGGGAGGAGGAAAAAAGCUAUUCAGCGAAGCUGUGAACGAGGUAGAAUCGUAUGUGGUGGAUUCUGACUCAGAGGAUACUGCCGAGGCGAUGCGAGACGAAGAUAGCGAUGAAACCGUGUUUGAAGAGAGUGACCCUCUAUGCCCUACAGUGCCCUUUUCCGCUUUUGAAUGGCGGAAGUACAGGAGGGAAUGGCGAUCCGCCAUUGUAGUGAAAGUGUUAGAAGUUAGAACGAUCCUUCCCAUAUCCAGUAGUAGCGAAGCGGCUGAAUAUGCUCUGGGCCAAAUCGGGCAUCAUUCAAGUGACAAACCGGGGCUAUGGAUAUUAUUUCGUGUGAUUCACCAGUAAGUUGGACUAUGAGCAUGCUCUAACGGGAGGUCCAUGGAUUUUGGGCGAUCACUACCUUACGCGCCCUUGGCGCAAGGAUUUCAACCCUAGGACCAAUACCAUUCAGUCAACUAUGGUCUGGAUACAACUCCUCGAUCUCCCUAUCGAACUCUAUCAUCCUGAAGCAACACUACGUAUAGCUAGAUAUGCGGGUAAACCGAUCCGCUUGGAUCGAGCAACGGAGUCGGGUGCUAGGGAAAAAUUCACCCGGGUAUGUGUUGAAGUGGAUCUCACGAAGCCCUACUGUCAAAGUUCAAAGUCGCGGGAAUAGCAUAUGAAUAUCAAUACGAAGAUCUCACUAAUGUUUGCUUUCACUGUGGGAGAUAUGGCCAUGCACAAGCACGAUGCCCGAACCUCCACGUGGAGGAUAGUACCCCGACACCCAUGCACGAAGAUACUAGGAGGCAAACUACCCAUGCGGAACAAUAUGGUGAAUGGAUGUUGGCUAAAAGACGAGGAAGACGACCCUACUCCAAACAGCAACAGGCCCACGAGGGGAAGGCUCUGAUACCGCAGUCACAUGAGGGAAGCCAGCCGGGGGGCUCUCGUUUUGCAGUUCUUGUCAAAGAGGACGGGGAGAUCAUGACCGCAAUGGAGCAAGCAGACCACACAAAGGCCCAGGGUGCAACAAAUUCUCACGCUUCAUUUAGCAAUACUAUAACCCAUAAGAAAGUAUGGGUAGAGAAAGGUAUAAAGCAAAAUAAUCAACUCCCAGAGAAAGGUACAGGGCAAAGUAACCAAGGCCUAGAGAAGGAGGGAGAAGGACGUAUGGAUGCAGAGGGAGGACUAGCACAUGUGCAUGGGACAGGUUCGAUGGGAAGACAAGGAAUCGAGACUAUAAAGGUGAACCGAGAGCGGGAAGCUAGUCCAUCACAGGCGGGCACUAAGCUGAGCACAAAGCACGCAAAUAAGCCUACCAAUAAUGAAGGAGAGGCAGCUCAAGCUGACCCCACUACCACUAGUAAUAUUGAAGAUGCAGUGUCGAGUGACAAGCCCCCGGAUUUAUCUGGCAGUACAAAGUUCACAGGCUAUCCAAAAACAGAAGAUAAAUCAACGUCUGUACAGCUUGAGAAAGAUAAGUUGGGAGAGGAGCAGCCUGACUCGCUCCUACUGUCACUCUAGAAAAUGACCAAGUGUAACCACUUCCUAAAGCGCAGUAUAGCAGGUUUGGGUUUUAAUGACUCGCUCCUGAAAUAUGAAAAAGUAGCACAACCCGGCGUAAAACGGGCCAAAAAUACACGACUACUAGCCGCAAACGGAUAAGAACUAAGGGUGCAAACAUGUGCAAAUACAUCGUUAUCAAAUUC